CCUCGCCAUUCAUUGAGAUCACUUACCUCCAAACAAUACACAAUUUUAGCAAUGAGCCAUUUGAAUUUAGAAGACCCUAUGAGCAGGUUCUAACAGUGGAGCAGCCACAAAUGGGUUCUUCUACGUCUCUAGCUCUUGUUUUGUUCCUUGUGUUUGCUGGUGAAAUAAUGACAUCAGAGGGAAUUCGAAGAAGCAACACACAAAACAACAAGGGACAGCGCAUGGUAGCACCAAUGGAAGAAGAUGAAUUAUUGGCAUUGUUUGAAGUGAUGAGUGGUCUUCUGGAAGAUCCUGAAUGGGCCCAGGCACAUCCACAGCCAUGCACAGAUACCCCAUGGCCUGGUCUUGAGUGUGAAGUAUCCACCACUGACCCACCAAUCUUUCAUGUCACAAAGAUUCAUGUUGGUCCUGAUAUACUUUCACCACCUUGCAAAAAAUCCGCUUUCCUAUCACAAUCCUUGCUUAAACUCAAUUAUCUCAAAACCCUUUCACUCUUCAACUGUUUUGUUGCUUCUUCACAAGUGAUCACUCUACCAAAGACACUCUUUGGUACUUUCUCUUCAUUGGAACACCUUGCUUUGGAAAACAAUCCAUCUCUUUCUGGUGAGAUACCUACGAGUUUGGGAGAUGUUGGUUCUCUUAGGGUCCUGAGUUUGUCACAGAACAGCUUACAAGGUAACAUCCCAAGCAAGCUUGGUGGUUUGGUUUGUCUUGAACAACUUGACCUUAGUUACAACAACUUGAAUGGUUCAAUCCCCAUGGAAAUUGGAAAACUGAAGAAGAUGACCAUUCUGGACCUGAGUUGGAAUUCAAUUGAAGGGGCUAUUCCUCAUUCUAUAGGACAACUUCAACUCCUUCAGAAGAUGGAUUUGCACUCUAACAUGCUUGUUGGGAACAUUCCUCAUGAUUUGGGAAAUCUCAAGAGGUUAGUGUUGCUUGAUCUGAGUCAUAAUUUCAUUGAAGGGCCUAUUCCUGAAACUUUGUCAGGUAUGGAGGUUUUGGAGUAUUUAAUCAUUGAUAACAACCCCAUUAAAGAAAGGGUACCACUGUUCAUAGGGAAGCUUAAUAAGCUCAAAUCAUUGAGCUUGUCAGGGUGUGAAUUGAAUGGUCCUUUACCAAACUUGUUUUUUUCAUUGAAGAAUCUUACAGCUAUUUCCUUAGGUAACAACAGACUCAGUGGGCCAGUUCCUAAAGUUUUGGGGUUACUCCCAAACUUAGAUCAAUUGAAUAUAAGCUACAAUAAUCUAAGUGGGGUUCUAGAGCUUCCUGAAUACUUCAUCACAAAGCUUGGUAAGAGGUUGGAUGUGAGAGGAAACAAUGAGCUAUGCACAAGUGAUGAUGAUGAUCAACCAAAUAGGAAGAAAAACUUCUCUUCAUACUUGGGAAUCCCCUCUUGUUUCACCAUGGUGCCUAGGACUGCAAAUUCUUUUGCUGCUGGACCGGUUGAAAACCCUUCUGGGAUAAAGCCAUCUUGGUAUAACAACAUCAUAAGUUCGUGUCCAUCAUUGUUACAGGGGGAUCUUCGUGUCAUCCUAUUUACUUUGGGUUUGAAUUUGGUUUGGUUACCUGUUCUCUCAGAUUUUAUUUAGAUUAAUGAAAUUCAAAAGCUUUAGUUAA